AUGAACGAGACCAGGAACGUCUCGCCGCCGAGCACCGGCCACACGAGCGUGGAGGACGAGUACCCGCCGCCGCCAACCUGCAUCUCGGACAAGUCCACCUCUGGCGAGUGGGUUCCGGAGUGGGCUCCAGAGGACGCGCCAUCCUCUCCGGACAAGGUCAGCAAACCCUCGCUCUACGUCCCGCCGUCCGAAAGGAUAUCGAGGCUGCGCACCGACCUGCAUGCCGAAGAGCGCUCUGCCACGCCGGUCUGGCUCAAGUCGGCGGCAGCCAUACUCGACGAGCCCAGCGACCCGCCGCUGCAGCCACAGCAAACCACCGCAUCCCCCGCACAGCCUCCGCCAGCGCCCAAGGAGCCAGGAGGGUCCCAAGCCGCCCCCGCUGGAGCGUCGGCGGGGCAGAAGGCGUCUCGAUUUGCCACGCCCACCUUGGCCCGCGGCGCCGUGGUCAUUGCCUUGACGGCGGCCGCCGCAGCUGCUGCCGCCGGCCGGGUCCAGUGGGGGCAUACAGCACCCGGCGACCCUCAACCGCCGUCGCGGGGUGCUGAGCCGCCGCCGACAAGGCCCGGCGCCAGUCAGAAGCCGGAGGGCAACGGCCGCUCACGCUACUCGCCCAGGCAGUGCAGCGAGUGGGCUGGCCGCGGCGAGUGCGAGAGGAAUGCGGGCUUCAUGACGACGCACUGCGCGCCUUGGUGUGCGACGGAUGUCAGCCCACGGUGCGCGGGGUGGGCAAGCGCGGGAGAGUGCACCCGCAACCCUGCCUUCAUGGGCACCACGUGCGCUCGCUCGUGCGCCAUGCGCGCAAUGUCCGAGCCCAAGCCGGCGCGCGAGGAGGACGCCCAGGCGAGACCCGGCCCAGGGAAGGGGGUUCCUCAGCCGGCGGACCCACCCGCGUCGUUGCGGCCGCUGGAGGACCGAGACGCGCGCUGCACCACCUGGGCGGCCGGCGGCGAGUGUGAUCGCAACCAGGCCUACAUGUCGUCACACUGCGCAAAUUCGUGCGCGCAGAUGCAGCAGCCGGCGCCCACAGACAGCGAGCCGCAAUGCGCACGGUGGUCGUCCAUGGGUGAAUGCGAGCGGAACCCGAAUUUUAUGGCUCUGCGGCCCUUCCCCGCUCUCAAUCUCUGA